AGAGUGUCUCUGAAAGUGAAAGAACACAAUAACCUCAGAAACAAUCGAAAGUGUUCUAUAUUCUCAAGCUAUUCUUCAGUAAAACUAUUAAUAGAAAAGAUCAGCAAAAGUCAAAGUUAGUGCCGCGUGACGAAUUGUGCCAAUUUUUCAAAUUUUUGGAUGAGUUUCUAACGAAAUUUCUUUCACAAAAAAAAACAACAAAUAGAGUGUCCAGAAGGAAUUUUAUUGCAAUCACAAAUUUUUAAAGUAUCUCACACGCAAAAAAUACAGUGAAGAAAGAAAAAAAAGAGAGCUCAAAGGCGAGUGAAACUCUUGAGAUAAAAUAAUUCAUGAAAAAAAGCAACUGAAAAGGUGUGGAAAGAUUAGUGAAAAUGCAUAAGUUUUGAAUUCAUUUCUGCAACUUCCUGAAAUUCAUUCAACCAAUUGUGGUAUAGUUUCUGGAAUUCCAACCGUGAGAUUUCAUUCUUUUUCUUCUGGGUGACAAACAUUCAUCAACAUGUUUCCGUCACCUCAUGGAGGGAUUCGAUCUUCUGUGUACCUGCUACUAGUCAGCGUUCUGUGCGCACUAACUCACACAGCCGGCAGUACGGCCGGUAACCGUGUGGUUUGCUACUACACAAAUUGGUCAGUUUAUCGUCCGGCGACGGCGAAAUUCAACCCACAGAACAUCAACCCUUAUCUCUGCACACAUUUGAUAUACGCCUUCGGCGGUUUCACCAAAGACAACGCCCUUAAGCCCUUCGAUAAGUACCAAGAUAUCGAACAGGGUGGCUAUGCCAAAUUCACUGGGCUCAAAACCUACAAUAAAAACUUGAAGUGUAUAUUGGCCAUUGGUGGCUGGAAUGAGGCCUCAUCUCGUUUCUCGCCGAUGGUGGCGAGCCCCGAAAGGAGGCAACAGUUCGUGAGAAACACCAUCAAAUUCUUGCGGCAGAAUCACUUCGAUGGACUGGAUCUCGACUGGGAGUACCCUGCUUUUAGGGAUGGUGGAAAACCCAGGGAUCGAGAUAAUUAUGCACAAUUUGUGCAGGAACUACGUGAAGAAUUUGAUAGAGAAUCUAAGAAAACAGGAAGAACAAGGCUUCUGCUAACCAUGGCAGUACCUGCGGGAACGGAGUACAUUGAGAAAGGCUACGAUAUUCCCAAGCUCAACAAAUACCUAGAUUGGUUCAAUCUACUGACCUAUGAUUACCACAGUGCUUUUGAGCCUGCAGUUAACCAUCAUUCGCCACUUUUGUCGCUUCAAGAAGAUGACGAGUACAAUUUUGAAGCUGAACUCAAUAUCGAUUACACGAUAAAGUUCUACUUGAAUCAAGGAGCUGAUAGAGAUAAGCUAGUUGUAGGUAUUCCGACGUACGGAAGAACCUACACCCUUUUCAACCCAGAUGCCACAGACAUAGGUUCUCCUUCGGAUGGUCCUGGAGCACAGGGUGAUGCCACAAGAGAAAAGGGUUACUUAUCAUACUACGAGAUCUGCCAAAUGAUCAAAGAUGAUCCAGAAUGGACAGUUGUUCAGCCGGAUCCUAAGGCCAUGGGCCCCUAUGCUUUCAAAGGCAAUCAGUGGGUUGGAUAUGAUGACGAAGCCAUUGCUCGGCGAAAGGCGGAAUACGUUGCAGCCAAUGGACUUGGUGGAAUUAUGUUCUGGUCUAUAGACAAUGAUGAUUUCCGUGGAACUUGCAAUGGGAAGCCCUAUCCUAUCAUUGAAGCUGCCAAAGAUUCACUUUAUCUCAAUCUUGGUUCCAGCGACAAUGACGUGAUUACACGAAAUCGCAAGAAGAAUACAAGUCGCCCACGAACACGACCAUCCCACAAGAAUCGUUUUGGUGAAGAAGAUGAUCGAAAUGCCAUUUCACGGACAACAAACAGACGUAAGCCGGGCCAUCGGAGACGUACUAGCACUACAACAACAACCACAACCACAACAACUACCCCCGAACCUGAGUAUGUAUCUCUGAGAACCAGCACGACCCCAGCUCCACCUACAACACCAGAUCCAGGCAGUGACUUCAAGUGUGAGGAUGAGGGCUUCUUCCCUCAUCCGAGGGACUGCAAGAAGUACUUCUGGUGCCUGGAUAGUGGUCCCUCGAACUUGGGCAUUGUGGCACAUCAGUUCACAUGUCCGUCGGGAUUGUUCUUCAACAAAGCGGCGGAUUCGUGUGAUUACUCACGCAAUGUGAUUUGCUCAAAGCCUAAGGCAUCAUCCUCAACAAGCUCUUCGUCAACAACAACUAGUAGUACGACAUAUGCACCCUCAACAACAACCAGGAAGGCUCCAAUUACAGCCGCUACCAGCAAAUAUACCUUCCUUAGGGCAUCUUCAACUACAACAACAACUGAAGCUCCAGUUUACGAUGAUGACUACGAGUACGAUGAUGAUGAGGAGCAAGACGAAAGAGACAAUGUUGAUACUGAAGAUGCAGAAGAUCCGAAAGUUAUCAAAGAAUUGAUUGAUUUGAUAAAGAAGGCUGGAGGUUUGGAGGAGCUUGAGAAGCAACUCCGAACUCAAAACAAUGACAAUCCUCAGGAAACAAUCACAACAACAGCGGCCAGUAUAAGUAAAUCCCUAUACGACAAAAUCCUCAGCAGAGCUUCAAGUAGCAAUCUUGAGUCUUUCAAGAAUCGCUUCAGUGAUUCUCCAAGUGGAAAUCGAGUAAGAAGUACGUCUGCUCAGAAGUAUACUCCAAUUGUGAGAAAUUCCCGACCAGGUCCGCAAAAUGCCGGCGUAGACAAGUUGCCGGAAUUUGAAGGAUUCCUACGUGAGAAGCCACAGUAUGUGACAAUCAGUCGACCAAGAGCAACUCAGUCCACUGAGGAGGAACUCGAUUUUGAUGGAGGUCUUCCUGAUGCUCCAGGAACUGAACCCACCUUUGUGAGACAUACUCUCCCUCAGCAGAAUUACGUAAAUAUCCAGCGCAAUCGCCCAAAGAAUCCCGUAAUCAGUGAAGAUAUUGUGGAUGAUGAGGAGGUUGAGGAAGAAUUCCCAGAAGAUGACAAUACCUACAGUGGCAGAUUCAGUAGCACAAGCGAAAGAUCUAUCCCCAAUUCUCAGUACGUGAGCAUCAGGAGAACAUCUACCGCAGCAUCACCGGAUGAAGUUUCGACAGAAGCUCCACUAUUCAAUGCCAUCAACAGGUACAAAAUUCUAUCGAGAACAACGGAAACAACAACAUUCAGCGCGUUGGCGCCCGAUGUCAAUCAACUGGCUGAGAAGGAAGAGGAACCAGAGGAGAUCACUGUUCCGACAACUGCAUCAACAAGCACCACAACCUCGGGUGGAACACACAUUUUCCGGCCGGCUUUCAGGCGUAAAACUACAACAACAACCACAACUAGUCGUCCUACAACCCUUCAUCAUGUCUUUGCCAUUGACUACGAUGACACCACAACGACCUCCAGCAGUCCCACUACAGCGCCAAAUGCAACAACCACGAAGCGCGAAGAGUCAGCUGAGGAGAUCAGCCAGAGAUUGGAGAAACUUGUGGAGGUGAAUAGGAUCGUUGAGAUCUACUCCAAGCAGGACAAUGUCCGAAUUGAGGGGAAAUCCUCCGAACCUCGGACGCUCCAGAGUACAGAUCUGAGAGUGGAAAAGAUCCCAACACUCGAUAAGUUGGGUGAGGUCAGCAGGCUGACCUUGAUAAAACUUGUAGAUCCUCACAAUACAAGUCUGUCGGCGAAUAUCACAGACACCCCUCGUGAAGCCAAGUCACGACAAAUUCUCUCACCGGAGUACAUUUUCAGUGUGGAAACUUCAACGAUACCCCUGGAAGGACUAUUCAGGCAGGAGAGUGAACGUCAUGCCAAGAAUGUUGUCCUAACAGCUGAGGAGGAUGGGAAGAAACUCAAUAUUGUCUAUGCUACUAGUAUUGGGGGCUCUGAGAAACGACCCUUGACCACAACUUAUGCCACAGAAAGUACCACAGACAGUACCACAGAUAGAACGACAGACAAUGAAAUUGAGGUGACAACAGCCUUGCCAUCGACAACAACAUUCAAACCGAACCGUCCACAGCUGCUGCGACCCAACUUCCGUCGUCCAACCUACAAUCCCCGAUCACGGAGUACAGCAUCCACGCCAAGAUCAACGGCACCAACAGCCACAGAGAAAUCAACUGUUAGUCUUUCCUCCACAACAGCUCGAUCGUAUCUGCUGCGUCGAGGAUCGCGACCAAAUGUGAGUACACAGUCGACACCAACUACAACUCCAUCAGCGAGCCCAAAGACACCACCACGGAUCGCCAUACGACGCAAAUUUGGCGGAUCGCGUGGGGAGACGCCCCAGCAACCCAGCAUAAAAUUCACCAGCACAACUCCACCACCGAAAAUCAACGAUCUUGGCUCCACAGAACAGACUGUCUACAAAAGAAGGUAUACUUUUACAACGAAACCUUCCCUAAGGACGACAACUCCAGCAACCACAACAACAACGACAACAACUUCAACAACGACCACGACAGCAGCUGACGGGGUUGAUCAGGAGAUUGAGCAGAGCAUAAAUCAGGAGAAUAAAUUCUCAAGUAGUCGCUAUAAUCAAAUUGGAGAACCAAUUGACGAGGAAUUUGUCCUGGCCAUUAAAACCAUCUCCAAAGCCCCACCGCCAGUUCCCAUUUCCACCCCAAAGGCUGCGUCUUCUUUCAAGGAUGUCACUCCCCUAAAGCGUUUUGAACUAUCCACGACAAGGAAAGUCGUUCCUCCUACGCCAAAAUCUACUCAAGCAAGACCAAGCACAACGCGAUCUCAACAUGCAAGCAGACGACCCAAAGUCCCAGAAGCCUUUGACAAAAUCCUUCCAAGGAGAUCUCAGAGGCUUCAAUCCUCCUCAGCACGAUCUGAUACGGAAUUUGUUAGCAAAACCUACAGACCAGUCAUCGAUUACGAUUAUUACGACGAUGAUGAUGACAGAAUUAUUGGAAAAUCUAAUUCACAGGUAAAGGUUAUUCUCCACGGUCAUGGGAUAAUCGAAUGUCUGGACCAGGGCAAUUUUCCACAUCCGUUAUCAUGUCGAAAGUUCAUAUCCUGCGCCAAAAUGGAAAAUGGGGGCGUGGUAGGAUGGGAAUAUACGUGUCCAAAAGGUCUCAGCUACGAUCCCGUUGGCGGCAUCUGCAAUUGGGCAGCCGGACUGGGGUGCAAGGAAUAGGGGAGUAGGAGUGAAUGUGUGCAAUCCCUCUUGUAAUUUAUUCUGUCUGUAAAUCUCACCCUUGAUGCUCUCUUUGCUGGGAUUUUUUUUUUCUUAAACCUCUACAUACAACAAGAAUCUCACAAAAUGCAAACGCCAUGAUUAAUCUAGCGACAAAAUUCCAAAAUCUCGACUGAAUUGAUCUUUUGUGGGAAUUUUCCAAAUUUACCAAUUGUUACUUGUUAUUUUAUUUUUUUCGCUAAUUCCCUUAAUGGUAAGAUUAUUGUGUGGCAUUUCUCUUAUUUUUUUGUAUAUUUACUGAGAAAAUAAAAAAAAAGAAAUUUUUGUACAAAA